AUGUCAAAAUUACCAUUGAUUAUGCUCUUUUCUUCCCUUUUUAUCCAUGCAUCUUUGGCUGAAAUUGUGUGUGAGGAGUUGCAAAAGGAUCUAUGUUCUUUCUCGAUAGCUUCUUCGGGGAAACGAUGUUUGUUGGAGACGGAGAAGGCGGCAGAUGGUGUCGUAGAAUAUCAGUGCACGACAUCAGAAGUUGUGGUGGAGAGAAUGGCGGGAUACAUAGAGACGGAUCAAUGUGUGAAAGCUUGUGGAGUUGAAAGGAAUUUUGUUGGAAUUUCUUCAGAUGCAUUGCUUGAGUCACAAUUCACAGCUAAACUUUGUUCCCCAUCUUGUUUCCAAAAUUGUCAAAACAUUGUUGACCUUUACUACAAUUUGGCUGCUGGAGAAGGUGUGUUUUUGCCGGACCUAUGUGAGAUGCAAAAGACCAACCCUCGCCGCGCUAUGGUUGAGCUUGUGAGCUCUGGAGCUGCACCGGGACCUGUCUCUUCUGUGUCGGAGGACAUUCAUGCAGCAUUUGCUCCUGCUCCCUUGUAA